GACACGAGCACACACACUCCCAUCCAAUUGUGGUCAUCUUUUGAUAUGUGUUGUGUUGACGCAGCGCUGUAUUUGACUGCGCGUUCUAGCCGGAAAUUUUGCGCGUUUUUCACUCCGUUGUUGUUACACGAUCCAAAAGUAUACCAAAAAUGUUUCAAUAAUCGUAAGCCGUGUGCAACGCGAAAUGUGAAAAAGAGACGGCCCUGCAUAAAGCUAGUAAUGAAGAGUUCUGGGCGUCCGAGAGCCCCAGCAGAUGUGCAAUUUUAUAGAUGAAAUGCCGACAGGCCCAAUCGUCAGUCAAAACCAAUCAUCUAUGAGUGAACAAGAGAACGCUUGAGUUGUUCUUUUAUUAAAGUAAUACUAAAAUCAGUGGAAACUCGCAGAAUACAUUUUAGUAUUUGAAACACAUGCAAAAUAGACAGAAAAAAAAAACACACACACCAGUGCACACGCCAGUUGAUAGUGUAUAUGCGCAUGGGGGAGUGUAUGUGUGUGUGUGUGCGGCUGUACAUAUACACAUAAUCAUGUGAAAAAUCGAUUGGAAGUACUGGAAGCCCCACCACUUGGAUUGGAAGUCACUGGCAGUCAGCGGCGGCGCCAAUCGAACAAGAAGAAGCAUCCGCGGCAUGCACUAACUAGUAGUAAAAAAGAAAGAAGCGGAAAGAAAAACCAAAAAGAUCCAAAAUAUACCAAUUAUCGCACAAAAAGGCGCGCGCGCCUAGCAAACAUUCACAGUGAAAUUACGCAAAAUCGGAAGUCGACGCUGGGUGGAAAAGAUCUUAUUGGAAGUAAAGAAUGAGGAGGAGGACGAUCAUCGUUUCGAAAGGUAUUGCGAAUUGAUUGACAGGCGGAGGAGGCAAAUGCGCAAAAGAGGUGGAAGAAGCGGAAAGAGAAAUCAACAACUGGCUGGCAGAGCGAAGCGUAGAAAACCGAGAGAGAGCGUGGACGCACACAUAUUUCUUUAUAUAACGAAAAAAAUCGGAAACGGCAAACAAAACAAACAGAGAAAGAAGUAGAGCACAAAAGAUAUAGAUAGAUAAAGUGAGACAGAGAGAGAGAGAGUGAGAGAGAAAAAGCGACUCACCAAGUUACGGCCGUUAGAUGAGGCAUCUCAGGAGCAGUCGCGAGAAGAUCAAACCAAAAUCCAAAUCCAAGUCCAGAUACAUCUGCCAGGAGCCGCACCAUCAAAAGCACUGUUGACCAGGGAGACGACAAUUUCGAUUGUUGUUCCGGCUUUGACCAAUAAUGGAACCAGAUCCCAAUGGGAUAAAAAUAGAGCCCACACUUGACCAUCACCAACAGCAGCAGCAGCAUCCCCAGCAGCAGCAGCAGCAGUACGCCACCCAUGUGCUGGCUAUCAAUGGACCCAAUGCACGCCUACUCAUCGAGCAUCCCUCAGCGCUGUUGGUACCCCUCUCCACCCAUCACCAGCAACAGCUACAGCAGCAGCAGCAGCAGCAGCAACAGCAGCACGUUCAGCAACAACAGCAGCAGCAUCAUCAGCAGCAGCAGUUCCAACAACAGCAGCAGCAUCAUCUCCAGCAGCAGCAGGAUCAGCUGCAGUUCCAGCAUCAGCAGCUGCAACUCAGUUUACCCACCGCCUACACACACCAGCAGCCCCUUUCAUUGAAACAACAGCCGCCGCCUACGCCGUUAGGGCCCACGUCGAGUGCCAGCUCCGCCUCAGUCACCGGGACAUCGACGCAUCAACAGCGCUGGAACGAGAGCCCCGAGGCCCGCCAGCGCCGCCUGGCCAGAAAUGCUGAGAGGAUGCGCGAGCGACGACAGCGAGAGAGCGAAGACGAGUACCGGAAACGGCUGCUGCGCAAUGCGGAGGCGAACCGGCAGAGACGUCAGAACGAGUCGGAGAUCGAGCGUGCGAUGCGGUUGGUAAGAAAUGCGGCGCGACAGCGGUUGCGUCGGGCCAUGGAGUCGCCCGACCAGCGGUCAAAGCGGCUGUGCAAGCUGGCCGAGCGGAUGCGCAUGUACCGAGCCAGCGAGUCGUCCGAUCAGCGAAAACAGCGGCUGGCCGAGAUGGCGGCCCGGGCGCGCCAGCGGAUCGCCAACGAGUCACCGGAGGAGCGCAAGGAAAGACUGAGAAAGCUGAACGACUACGCCAAAAAGGUCAGAGAAAAGAAAAAGAUAUUGAAGCAUGUGCACGGUGCAGUGUCGUCGGUGGUGGUUACGACGACGUCCUCCUCAUCGUCAACGGCAACGACGACCGCCCAGCAGCAGCAGCAACAACAACAGCAGCAACAGCAGGUGUUGGCUGUUGCAGCAGCAGCAGCCGCCGCAGCGGCGGCAGCCAAUUGUAAUAAUGAACAUAAUAUUAAUUUAAACCAGGCAAACGUUACGACGGUAUCCGCCCCUCAGGCAUCGAGCACGCCCGCACCCGGAACUGGAGCAGGACCCGGAAGCAGCGCCAGCACGCCCCAGGCUGUCUCAGAGGACCUGCAGCAGAUGCAGCACUCGAUCUCGGCCAUCACCUAUGAGGCGUUUAACGGUCAGGGCAUGUUCAUCGCCCAUGGUCUCACUCGUCCACCCAUGCAACUCAAGCAGGAGCCUCAGACCCCCCAACAACAACAGCAGCAGCUCCAACAGCAGGCGCAGCAGCAACAGCUGCAACAGCAGCAGCAGGUGCAGCAGCGGUACGCUAUCGCCGGCCAGCAGCAGCAGCAGGUGACGGCCACUCUCUUAGAGAGUGGCGGCGAUCAGGGAAGCAUAUUCGUUCAGCAGAUUUACGGCGAGGACCCGGGCAAGGGACCUAAGCUGCUGCAGGCGCACGUACCGCACUUCAGCAUUGCUUCCGGACCGCUGGAACUAUAUCCGCACAAGUACGCCAAGAAGCAGGAACUUCAGUCGGCCAACGGCAACAAUGCAACAGCUGGAACGGUAACGGUGUCCUCCGCUGGAACGAGCGGGACCAGCGACAACAGCAGGUCUGUUAGUCUGGGACAGAACGAGGCCAAGGUAAUCAUGACCACCGGCGGGGGCGACCAGCAGCAGAAGGUCCUCAAGUCGGCGGGACAAGCAACGCCCCUCUACAACCAGUUCCCCUACCUGGCCACCUUUCCCAGCAACACCAGCACAGCAAGCACCACCGUGACGACGUCGAACGUUAGCGCGGCCGGGGUGGGGUCGGUGUCAGCGGGGGGAGCCGGUGGGACCACCACCACUACCGCCUACUACCCCAUGUACCACAAUGGCUUCCAGCUGGGAAUCGGGCCGAGCGCAGUGCCGCCGCCCUUCACACCGGUCCACUUUACCAGUGCCAGCGGCGGGAGCAGUCCCACUUCGACGGGCCAGUACAACAUACUCACGGCAACCUCCACCAAUCCCACGCUGACCGUCACAAGCCUGGGCCAUCAGCAGCAGCAACCCCAGCAGCCGCAGGAGCAGAUCGUGGCGACGGUUGGUCGUGGAAGGCCGAGAAAGAACGUAAUGGUGAGCCACUCGGGCGGCGAGGAGCAGCUAAAGGUAAACACCCUGCUGGAGCACGAGCUAAACCAGAUGCUCGCUGUCCCCCAGCUGAGCACCACUCCAAGACGGGGCCGGCCCCUCUCCCAGCCGACUCAGCAGCAGGAUCUUGGAGGAUCACAGGGCCAUAUACAUGUACAUUCCACGGCGGAUGGAGACAACAGGUCGCCUGGCACGCCACGACGCAGCGGACCCAACAAGUACGAGACAGAGGAUGAAAAGCGCCUACGGCUGGACAAGAUGGCAGCCCAUCAGCGGGCGGUACGGGCAAACGAGACGCCGGAACAGCGAGCCGUGCGGCUACAGAAAUUGAGCGAGCGGGCACGGUUGAAGCGAGCGCAAAUUCGGGCCACAGAAAACAACGAUGAGCGUAAGGAGCGGCUCUCCAAGCAGGCCGAGUACGCUAGAAUGCGACGAAUGCGCAGCCACACGCCGCGCAGCAGCUCCGCCAGCGCCGAGUUCCGGGCCAAGACGGAGGAGGAGACCUCGGAACAGCUUUACGAGACGGAUGACGGCGUAGGCGUUGGUUCCGGCGACAGUUUCGUGACCGUGGUCAAGUCAGACUCGCAGCUGGACGGCGAUGGCUCCAACGACGAGCUUGCGUCGCUUCAGCUGCAGCAGCACGAGAUCCACCAGAUUGCCGGCAACCUCCAGCAGCACCCCCAUCAUGAGGCCAUCGUGCUUAACCAGCAGCACCGCCUGGUGACACUCGGACAGCACCAGCAAGGUUACAGCAAGCUGCAGACUGUCAAGGAGUAUGCCGCUGCCAGCGGAGGUACAGGAGUGACAGUAGGAGGUUCUGCGUCCGGUGGGGGAUCCAAUGCUGGGGGCGGUGGUGGCAAUGGCACCGGGGCACCCGAAAACAACGACAUGCUGAAGAUACUCGAGCCGAUCAUCGUGAUGAAAACCAAAUGAGAGUCGAGGAGGCGCAAUAGGUGCGCCAUGAAUCGCUAGAAAAGCGAUCGAUUAGAAGUGCAGUGUGCCUGGCAAUCCAAGUUAAGGUUUGCGCAACCAGUUGAUCGCUAGGUCCAUAGGGCUCCCCAGUACGGAGAAAUCCGUAUCCGAAAAAGUGUCUAUAGCUAGGAAUAAGAGUGUUUUUUUUUCUGCGUUGUGGAAUUUUGUGUUUGUCCGUGUAAAAAGUGGGAGGGACUGGGAAGACGAGUGGCAGCUGUGUCUACUUUUAGGUUAGAAAGGAUAUGUUUACCAAAGGAUGCUUGGUUUUGGUUUAAGCAUACCCCACAAUUACCAUUUACCCACCAUCCUCUCUCAAGCACAAGAAAAUUGUAAGGCCCCCGAAAGCAGAGCCGAUAUAGAGAGGGAUCCCCUCAAGAAAUGUAAGCAUGGAGGAGCAGCGCGCCCUACCGUCACGACUAUCGAGAGAGAAACGGUGCUGUCCGAUAACACAGCACAACUUAAUGUGAAGAGAGAUCAACUAAUCCUAAUCCAGAGUAUGUAGUGCGUAACCAGAUCACUAAGUAGAUUUAUGUAUUAAUUACACAGACCCACAAAAAGGUGUCGUGCGCGGCUGACUAGAGUACCAUACCCCCACGUAUUUUGGUGCGCUAAACACGAAUCCAACGUCAGAUUUGCUCCAUCACGCCAGGUUCUUUUUGUUCUUACCUCCAACCAAUAUGGUCAAAAUAUGGUGGCAAAAUAGUUGAAAAAUUCAUUAGAUUCGCUGGAAACUCGUUACUCGGUGGUUUUUUGGGGUCGCUGAUUUCGAAUUUGAUGUCAGUUUUCUUGUUUCGAGAGUGCUUUUCUCUUCAAAAGAUCUAUAUAGAUGUAGAUGUCGCAAGGUCGGAGAGCUAUUCGCUUGAAGUGAACCCGGCCAUAUUGGAUCCACCACUUUAAAUUUUUGUCUGACUUUAAAUUCAUAAUUAUCGACCCCAAAAACCCCAGAAAAACGUGUUUCAAUCAAAUCUGAUCAAAUAAUUUCCAUCAUAUUUCGAUAAAAUUUUUUUUUUUCUUUAAGGUUGGAAAAAAUAGCCUGACGUGUUCAGCGCACCAAAAUAUGUGGGGGUAUGGUACUCUGGUCAGCCGCGCACCACACUUUUUUUUGUGUGACUGUGUUAUUAAUUUUUUUAAAUUAGCAACAAAUACAAAUAAAUAUAAUAAGAAAUGCA